GUUUCACAAGAAGGGCAUCCUGGCUCACUGCCCCAAAACAAAUUGUGCCCUUUCUGCGUAAAGUACAAGAUCUUCACAACAGCAGCAACAUCAGCGAAAGCUGACAGUUUCAGUGAAACAGGGCUUGUCACUUUUAUUCUUGCUAUUGGCAGGGGGUCGUUGCCGAAAGCAACACUUUCUCAAAUUUUUGUCGCUUUGCUUCUAUUGCGCUGAACAGGAUCUGUUCUCUCCUCACCUUUUACACAGGUGUAUACACGUACAUGGGCCGCAUCUUGUAAUGCAUCGUGUUGCUUCUGCUUCAUCGCGAGGAGCGGCGAGAUGUGUAGCACCGCUGUACGGCACGAGCUUCGAAUCUCGUCAAAUUGCCGCCACUCUGCUUAAUCAGCAAUAUCGCUUCCUUCAUAUGCCUCCUGGCGGGUUUGAGGAUGUGCUGCCGCCGUCCUUUGGAAGGCACAGUGGGAAAGGCGAGAUGAGCAACGUGAACUUGCGUGCAAAGCAGAUGAAAGCCAGUCAGAUCAGGAAGCGUCGCCGAAAGCUGCGAGUUCCGCAAACGAGUAGUUCGACGCCGACACUUGGACAGGUGAAGAAAGAGCUCUUUGAGCUUAUCAAGCAGACGCGAGUGGCGAGAGGUGAGUCGCCGUCGAAACAAAACGCGUCCAUUGGUAUUCACAUCUCUGACAUGGAAAUGACCUCUCCCAUGGAUAGCCGAAGUUUGCCGGGUGGUAUCGCGAACGAUGAUCACCGAGACGAGGACGAGAGGAUCCAGGCGCCGUCGAUCACACCAACUCGCACUUACGAAGACGAGGACACCGCACCUUUAAGCGACUUUUCAGCUGCGCACGGAGCAGCCACAGCUGCUUCGCCCGCAUCAUUUUUGACUGUCACGCCGCAGGCGGAAGAGGCUUGGACGUCGCACGAGGACGCAGUGGAGCACCGGUACGCGGUGACGCCGACAAGCACCGUCUUCGGCAGCGAUCUGGACCGACUGGAAAGAGACAUGCUACGGGAGUACCACCAAAGAGGGACGCAGUUGCCACCGCCGGAUCGCGUCUUCGCCGAGUUCGGCGCUGGGCGACGCGGGAAGCGCCAUGAGUGGACGCCCUCCUCCUCCUUUGCUCACCUGCGCUCGUCCGAUUUCCGCGUCAACCGGAAGAGCGAGGGCGGAGUGGGCGACAACGCAAACCGCAACCUCGCGGCGUACCACCUCUUCGCGGAAGCCUACCAAACCCAACAAGAGGAGCGCCGUCGCGCGCUCGGGGGAGGUGGCGGCGGCAAAGGGCAUAACCUCUGCCGAGGCGGUGAGGACGCCGUCACCGGUGGCGACGCGGCGGAUCUUCCGGCGUCGGAGAAUCCGCAUUUCCCCACGGAGGCCGCAGAGGGCACCAGGACCUCAGAGGAGACUUCACAUGAACCAGGGCAGGCGCAGAGCCGCAAGGACGGAGAAGCGGUGCGGGAUCUCUCCGCGCCGAAGUCGCUCAACGAGAUUGUCAUCAACGCACGUACGGACUACAAGUCCAGGCUCACCACCGUUUCGUGUUCGCCGGAGGACGAGGAUGCAAAUCGGAUGGUCUACGACGCAUAUCAUCAGCGCCCCGCAGAUCACCGACUCCCAGAGGUGCGCGGUGCGGAUUACUGGAGCAGCCACGAGAACCGGCGUCGCGUGGAGGAGCGCAGCGCAUAUCGCGCAGAGGCGUUUGCCCGCGAGAUUCUUCAAGAAGGUGCGGUGGACACGAGCGAGGUGGAGUAUAGCGUCAACAGGGUGCGAAAGGAGACGCUGUUGUACUUCCAAGCGCAUCCGAUCAACGAAAUGAUACAGGAGCCUUUUGUCCGUAUUCGGCAGUUCGCGCCACCUGGUGGGGGCGGCCGCAUCUCUUUCAACCCGUAUGAGCCGUUGUCUGUCGAGAUGGAAGCGGGGGAGGGGGUAAAGAGCAUCGUUGAGAGUGUGAACAUGGAUGUUGAUAUCCCCGUGCAAGAGGCACGGCGGAUGGCGCAAGAGUUGGGUCUUGACUUGAUACGCAUCGGGGCCAUCUACUCUCAAAAAACGGACCGCCGCAUUGUGGCGCUGUGCCUCAUCGGUGACCACCGCGAACACAUGCGGGACAUGAUCAAGUUCAAGAUUCAAAAGCUCGGCGUGCAGCCUCCGCCGACAAAGGAGUGCAUUGAGGUGCCUUUCAAAGGCGGUACACACCCACACGCCAUUCGCUUCAAAUGCGUAGGCGUUGCGAAGCACCUCCUUCACCGCCACGCGGUGCGCAUUAACCUGACAAAGUUUGGCACUCCACGGGAAGGCUUUCCAGUUCUGCAGAGCAUCUUCGACGAGCUCAAGCGCCAGUGUCUGCAGCUCAAGGCGUACCACACCGCGGGACAGAUCCGCUGGAACUACGACGAGAUUUACUGCUACCUGUACCCGUCUACUGGACGGUCCCCCAAGACGACCGUCACGCACCCCUCCCCGCAGGAGGUGCUGGAGGCGCGGGAUGAUAGCGUGCUAGAGAAUGAGAAGGAGGUGUACUUUGAUGACCUUCACGAGAAGGUUACGCAGAAGCAGCGGCUGCAAUAUAUGCUGAAACUGGAGAAGGGCACUGCGUGGGCUGACAAGGACGAGGGCAUGUCCUUGCAACGGCAGCGUGCGCUGAAGGUGAUGUUGGGUUAUCUCCCGAAGGGCAACAAGGACAUUUACGCCGCUCGCGGUGACGUGAACAUAACGGCGCCGUUCCGCGCGAGUCACGCGACGUCGGUCGAGCGGUGGUCGUACCCGUCCGAGUCGAACCUGGAGCAGGCAAGUCGCGGUGCUGCCGCCCUCGGCAAACGCGCUGGCAUGCCGAUCAGCGAAAUGCACGACCAAGGCGAGACGGCAGAGAACCCGACGCAGCUCGAUCGCUUCUAUUACACAGCGCAGGGUCCUGCGUUGGAGAUGGGCGAAUUCAAGGAGGCCCUCGGCCUCAAGAACAACCGCACGAAGCAACCACCAGUCGGUCCUGGCUUUGCAACGUUGGGGACGAAGGCGACAGAUAGCGGAGCGUCUGGCCGCGGCUUUGCGACAAAGUAG